AUGGAAGCCUUGGUCUGUGCAUUCUCUGAGCUCCGCAUAAGAGAAGAUGCAGUGAGCUGGGCCCAAGGACGCCCCAAUCACCCAGACACACCAUCCAACAUCUACGAGGGGGGUCUGGGGUCCCAGCAGCAGCAGUGUCCCAGUGCCCAAGGAAGCAAGCCCAAGAACUUCCGGUUGCGUCACCUCCGUAGCCUGGCUCUCUACCUGCCCAGCCACAUGCAAUCUGCUGGCCAGUGUGAGAGUCACUCGCUGGGCUGGCUCAUGGCUGGGUGCAGCCUCUCACAGCCUGAAAGCUCAGCCUGGCCCCUGGACCUGCCACAGGGGAUGCUGGGUCCAGGUAACAGCCACCGCUCAGCCCUUCUGGAAGCCCAAACACCCAGGGACAGCCUGGGAAAUACAGCUUCCAGUUCCGGCAUGAACCCAUCCAAGGGUGCCCCUUCCCAACUCAGUCCCCCAGAGGGCGUGGGGCUUAGGCCCAAGAGGUCCUGGAGGGCCUUGGAGGAGGCCAUUUGUCCCUUGUGCAAGAGAACCCGCUCUGGGGCCUUAGAUGGGCCAUAG